CGAAGUGCACAUAGACAGGCUCAGCGCGCAGCUCAGCCACCGCCUUACUCUCCACUGUCCCUUUCGCUCGACGCGUCAGCCAUAGACUCGUAAGCCCCCUGUUGCCAUCAUAAAACAGCUCAGUGCUCUUGAUUUCACGAACUUCAAGCUCUCUUCCUUACCCGCAAGUCAUCUCGGGAUGGACGACGACGACGUCUCUGUUCCUGACUCCCCCUCCUCCGAGUCGGGCACCUUUUCCCCGGACGCCCUCGAGCGGCAGCGCGCGAGUCUUCAGUCCUACCUCAAUCAACUUCCGUAUGAAUGCGAAGCCCCGGAGGAAAUGCAGGCCAAGCUCGAGCACAUCGUCGGCCGCAUUUGUGUCUGCGCUGAGACCAAGAACUGGCUCGUCCUCACCACCUGGGAUGGCAUGCUUCAAUGCUGGCUCCUCAUGCGCUACCCGAUGCCCAAGCCCACUCGCGCAAAGCUCACCCGUCUCUACUACGAGCUGUGCCUCAUACCCGGCAUCGAGCCGCGCGUCAUGCGCUCCUGGGCGGACAUGCUCUCCCGCCUCAUCUGUAACAAGCCCGACAGUCGGCGUAAGCUUGAUACGGCCGACUUGCAGCUCCCCUGGCGGCCCCUCUGGCGUGUCCUCCAGAAGGAGCUCUGGCCGAAGAAGAGGAUGCACGAUUCCUCACGGAACGUCGUAAAUAUCCUACUAUUCGUUGCCGAACAGUGCAAGAGAUAUUAUACCGCUAGCGAGAUCCCUGAUAUGCUCUCGACGUUCUUGCCAAUUCUCACCAAGGACACUGUACUGACCAUGGUCCCCGUGUUGACCUCCUUCAUCCCUCCUACUCACACCCAUGUCUACCUGCCCACUGUAUUCAAACUGUGGGAGGCGUUUAACUCUUCGCUCAUCGACGAUAGGUUUGUGGAGCUUUGUGGAGAGCUUGCAGAAGAGCACAUUGCUGGUCAGCUCGGAGAUGCCGGUCCCGAGGGUGCCGCAGAAUGGAAGACGGUAGGCAUCUGGAGCGAAGCAGAAUGGACCUUCUUGAUUGGAAAAGCUCUCGGAUCCAUGAAUGUUCCUGUAGGAGCGACAAGGGGUGCUAGCACUACCGCUGGUCACGCGGACACCAUGGCCGACAAGCAAUCCCUGAGGAUCAAGAAGCUGAUUAACCGAAGCAGCGCACUGGCUAAGCUCAUCGUCUACUCACUGUCGCUGGACAGCUCGGUCCGUCCAGAUAGCGGCAGCGCUCCGGGGACGCCUUCGUCGGAAGGAUACCUUGCAGGCUCUAGGGCCCUCGAUUCGCUCGACAAGCUGGUGACCAGUGUGGAGUCCUUCUUCCACCCCUCCAAUUACGGGAUAUGGAGUCUUAACCUCACCCACUUCGUCCAGCGCCUCAUGGCGGAAUUCUCCAAACGGUGGAAAGACGAGCAGCAGCCCUACUGCAAGACACCAGUAACGCGACGCCUCACCCCCGAGAUCCGACGGAAUUUCAUCCUCACCUUGCGCACUCCCGUUCUGCUUUCUAUGUUCUCCAAGGAUCCCUUCACCAUCAGCUACUCUCAGGCCGCUAUGCGGGCCAUGGCGUUGCUGGAGCCUAAUCUAGUGAUGCCGGAGAUUCUUGAGCGAGCAUAUAGCGGCUUGGAAGUUGUUAAUGAGACGCACCGUACGACCGCCGUGAUGACCAUGCUUUCGGCAGUUUCACUGCCGCUUGUAACCGAGAAGCUGUAUCUCGGUGGUCAGAAGCACGUUGUCCCACUCUUGGAACUCUGCAUUCCUGGCAUCGACCUCAACGACCCUGUCAAGACUAUAUGCGCGACGAUGUUCAUUUCAUCAGUGGUCCAGCACAUCAAGAUCGCCGAUGUUUCGAUGCAUCAAGUCGGCGUCGACCUGUCAAGCGACGCCCCUGCGGAGGACAUCAUGGACGUCGACACCACUCAACUCCCCGCCGGCGUCGACUCCCCAAUCAUGCCCACGCUCAGCCGCGAAGAAGAGCGCGCCCUCGCGCGCGAGAGCACCGCCGGCUUCGCGGAUUGGGUCACGUCCCUCUUCCGGCGCGUGCUCGCGCUCUUCGAGAACCUGCCCGAGGAGGGCGGCAAGAAGGGCACGACGGGCGGCAAGAUGGAGGAAGCGGUCCUCAAGGCGAUCAAGGGCGCGCUCGACACGGUGUGCCUGCACCUGUCGGACGCGCUCUUCGACCUGGUGCUGAAGCUCGUGUUCGAGUACGCGAGCACGAACGCGAAGUCGAACGCAGUGCGCGCGUUCGGGCAGCUCGUGUCGUGCCUCGCGCGCGUCAAGCCGGAGAAGACGAUCGACCGCUUCCUGCCGUUCUGCAUCGCGCAGAUCCAGGAGGAGCUCAAGCACGGCGCGUCGAGCAUCCGGACGACGUCGACGCACGAGGCAGUCCCGUCGGACACGACGCUGCAUUGGAACAUGUCCAUUCUCCGCGGCUGCUUCGGCUAUGGGGGAUCGACGGCAAGCAUCCUGAAGUACAAGGACCAGCUACUCGGCCUCAUGACCCUCCUCGUCGAGAAGACGAAGAGCGAGCGCGGCUACACGGGCACUGGUCGCUUGAUCAACCGUAUCUUACACACCGCUGCAACGAUCUACACGGUCAACUCGCGCUAUGUCAAUCCCGACGAGUGGGACUCGCCAGAGUUCAACCGGAAUCUGACGACGCAAUGGGGCAAGAUGUACGAUGCCGACGAGGCCGAGGUGACCUGGCAUGUCCCAAAUCACGACGAGAUCGAGUUCGUCCUGGAGAUCUUAGACAGGAUUGCAGCGCCAGCGCUUGACAAGGUUGAGGCACUGCUGGAGACUGCAGGGAAGUGGGACAGCGUGGCUCGCAAUGACUUCUGCCGCUACUUGCAUGCUGCUCGCUCCGUAUGGGGAGGCCUCCCGACGUUCUUGUUCCUUGGCCCCAAGGAGGUCCAAAACCCUUGCCUCAACUACGAAGUCGAGGUGCCAGAGCUGCUCGUGACACCGCUCGACGUCAAGGCAGGUUUCGUUCUUACCGACCCCAGCAGCCCCCAGUACCAGCGGGCUAUCGCCCACCGCGCACGUUUCGGCGCCGUCGUUCAUCGGGCCGCCAGCCUGCUCACGCACCAGAACGAGGGUGAGGACCAUAUCGAUGCUGUGAUCGCCGUGUCGCGUGCGAUUGACGUGUACUUGCUCGAGUAUGCGAUGACGCGCAGCAACUUUGAGAGCCUGACCAAGGCGUAUCGACAAGCACGCGACUCCAAUCGUGUUUGGCCGAAACAGAAGGAGAAUUCCCGAGUGGUGUUCUUGAAGCGGGCGCAGGUGUACAAUGCGGGCAGGCUGUACAUGCAUGCUCUGUACCGUCGUCGUGAUUCGCUUGAUGACCAGCUCAUUGAGAAUCUCAUUGAGAUGUCGCUGUCGCAGUACACGAGAGUACGAAGACAUUCGCAAGCCAUUCUCCACAACGCUUGCGGGUACUUCGUACGCUCCACCAGGUUCACUCUGCCGUACGUGUUCCGCGCCUUGGAGAAGAACGUCGAUCCCGACCGCAUGAAGGGCGCACUAUACGUGCUAUGGAACAAGGGCACGGCUGCAUACGCACUCGCUGAUCUCAAUUACCACGGGCAGUACCUCCUUUCCCUCCUCGAGUGCCAGCACCAGGAGAAGCCCUCAGUUCAGAAGCUUAUCGGCAACGUGGCUCAAGAUGCUCUCGUCUACCUCAACGAGGAGUCCUGUCAUACCGAUGCGUUCACUGAGCCUGUCCCAGGCGUUUUGCAGGCACUUGAAGCCAUCAAGCAAGAAUUCGCUUCGCCUGUUGUUGAUGAGGCGGUCCUGCAAGCCGCGGCGGCCAAAUGUAGUGCCCGUGUGGCGUUGAAGAACCAGCGCUACACAGAAACUGUUAAUGCAUUGCUGGACAUUGCGGAGAGGCCAACUACGCAUUGGCGGUACAUACAAUUCGCAAUCCGUUUCCUGUAUGGGCUUCUGCGGAGAGAUGCUGCGCCUCCGCCAGCCCUCGCAGCGUUCUUCCUGCGUCAGGUCAUCAGCCCCCAUGCCACUAUUCGUGUGACUGCUCAGAAGGCUGUCGUCAAAGUUUGCGCGCAUAUUAAGAUUCGAACCUUCUCGAAAUCAAGUGAGCAACUAUGGUUGGAUGAAUGGGCGAACCCCCUACGGCGAGAUAUACCAAUUGGCGAUCCGGAGGAGUUCCUGCGGCAACACGGUCAGCCUGGAUACCCGUCGGAGCAACAAGGUGACCUCCGCGUCGACAAGUUCGAAACGGGUUUCUUGAUGUGGACACCCACUGUGAAGGGAUAUCAGGCAGUACCUGCAGGACCAUCGGCAUUCUCAUGGGAAGAAGCAUCGAUACCUACUCUUCGCGCCAUGAGUGAGGUAAUGGAUCAGAACAACUUUUUCACCGUGUUGGCGCUGCUGUGGGGCCAGGAAUCCAUGAAGAAUAGCGCGACGCCAGAGCUACGCGCGGAGAACGUCACUUUCAUGAAGUCUAUAGCCAAGAUGUUCGAACAUGAGAAGCUAUCGACUAUCCUGGACACGAUCGAUCCUCUUUUGGCAGACGGCGAUCGUUACAAGCAACGGUCGGGAGCAGAGCUGCUGGCUGGGCUGUCGCGAGGCGCGAAGCAUUGGCCCAGGCAGCAUGCGGACCACCUGUGGUCAUGGAUCACCGCUCGUCUCGACCGUAUCCACGCUCAAAUGAAGCCCGAUACCAUCUCCUUCUGGGAGAACCUCCUCAGUGAACAACUGGUGGAUAGGGACCCCCGGCGUACUGAACCGCUCGUCAAAUGGAUAUUGUCGCUGCCUCUUGACUUCCAUGGAGACUCGGCCUUUGCCAUGAGCAAGUCGCUUUCCAUCUUCAACAUCUUGGUUGACUGCCUUGAUUUGCGCUUCCUUUCCUUGGCUGAUCAGUACAUCAACUUGUUCUUGGAUAACGCCAACACCGGCUAUGCCGAGAUCCGUUCACAGAUUGCCCAAAAUAUCUAUGCUAUCAUCACUAUCCAGUGGCGUCCGGUAUACUCCUCAGCUAUCGAGUUCAUGUCUGCUUGUGCAACCAGUGCCGACCCUCUUCGAAUCCGAGAAGCACGAUACAUCAAUCGAAUUGCAGAGAUAGUGAGCCAACUUCCGGUGUGGAAAGAGCAACGUCUGCCCCCUCCGAGAGUCAGUCAGUCACAGUACGACAAGGUCGGCUUGACAGUUCUGCAAUGGGUCUGGGACUUAGCACAUGGCCCUCAAGCGCCUCUCGUUUUCCCAUACGUCAUUGUCUUGCUGCCCGAGAUAAUUCGAAUGUCGGAGUUGAAUGAUAGCUCCGAGCUCCAGACGUACAGCUCCGCAGUCCUUUACGUAUUAUCUGCUGUGACGCCCCCGCCGGAGUAUAUCGAAGUGAUCGCGGACAAUUUCAUCAACGCGAUCAAGUCAUCGACGUCAUGGCGCAUCCGGGUGAACGCACUACCGACCCUCAUCGUGUUCUUCUAUCGGAAUCUGCUCAGCAUGUCGGGCGCACUCGUCUCAAGACUUAUGAAUGUUCUGCAGGAGUGUCUGUCUGAUGAGAACAUCGAGGUUCGCGAGAUGGCCUCAAAGAUGCUCUCGGGGGUAGUCAGAUGCUCUCAACGGCAGAGCAUCGUCCCGCUCAAGGAUCGGUUCGUCAACACGUUGCACCGAACAAAACUCCCAAACCGUCGGGACCCGUCGUACGCGGACUCGCUUCGAUCGCUGCAUUCCGCUAUCUUGGGUCUGUGUGCUCUGGUCGAGAGUUUCCCCUAUUCGGUAGAACCUUGGAUGCCUCCCCUGACCGAAGUCCUCGCCAACCAUGCGACGGACCCGGUUCCGAUUUCGACCACUAUCAGGAAAUGUGCAUCGGAGUUCAAGAAGACACAUCAGGACACAUGGCACAAGGAUCAAUUGGCGUUCAACGAAGAUCAGCUGCAGAGUCUGUCCACCAUGCUUGUUGGCACAUCGUACUACGCGUAAAAGUUGGUUUCAUUGUUUGUAUCAACGUCGCCGUUGUCUUUGUAUCAUAUAUUCCACCUGGCUUUCAUACUUGUAUUAUACCACCAUCGCACCAAUCGCAAUUUGCUUCUCUAGC